ACACACACACGCUCACACACACGCUCACACACAGACACAGUCAUCAAGUCAGGAAGUCACGAAGGGAAGUUUGGUGGUUUCUUGCGUCACCAUCUGUGCUGCUUGCAGGCUGAGCCGGUGCGGUGCUGAAGGAAGUCUGUCAUUCCCAUCUGCUAAGUCACAGGCCAUGUUCCACAAUUUAGCCCACCACACCACAAUAAUCUACCACACAUUACAGCAUACUCUCCACUCACGUAAUACUGUUUAGACACACACACACACACACACACACACACACACACACACACACACACACACACACACACACACACACACACACACACUAUACAUGCCUGAUAUGUUCAUGUGAGGAGGAGAAGGAGCGAGAGCAAUGAGGCGAGCGAGAAGGAAAGGGGGGAACAAGGAGAAGGUGUUUGGCUGUGACCUUAUGGAACACCUGACCACCACUGGCCAGGAAAUUCCUCAGGUGCUGCGCUCCUGCAGUGAGUUUAUUGAGGAACAUGGAAUUGUUGAUGGAAUCUACAGACUGUCAGGCGUGUCGUCCAACAUACAAAAACUACGGUCUGAGUUUGAUAGUGAGGGGAAUCCGGACCUGACGAAGGAUGUGUACCAGCAGGACAUCCACUGUGUCAGCUCCCUCUGUAAGGCCUACUUCAGAGAGCUGCCCAACCCGCUGCUCACCUACCAGCUCUACGACCGCUUCGCUGAGGCAGUGGCAGUACAGCUGGAGGAUGAGCGCCUAGUGAAGAUUCAAGACGUGCUGAGUUCACUACCCGCUCCACACUUCAGGACUCUGGAGUUUCUGAUGCGUCACCUGAUUAAGAUGUCCUCUUUCUCUGCUGAGACCAACAUGCAUGCCAGGAACCUGGCCAUUGUAUGGGCUCCAAACCUGCUUAGGUCUAAAGACAUCGAGGCAUCUGGCUUCAACGGCACGGCGGCCUUCAUGGAGGUGCGCGUCCAGUCCAUCGUAGUUGAGUUCAUCCUCACUCACGUGUCUAAGCUCUUCCCAGACACAGGAUCAGCUUCAGGGAUGCCAACCGAGCGCAGGAAGUCCCUCCCCUCACCCACCUUACAGGGCAAUGAAGACAUCUUCUUCAGGUCCAUGCCAUCCCAGUAUCCUGGAAACAUGAGCCCAGGCAACGGCCCUCCUGUCAUGAGGCCUUACCACGCCAUCAUCGAGCCGUCUGACAAGAGAAAGGGCUCACUGAAGGGACGGAAGUGGAGAUCCAUAUUCAACCUGGGGGGCCGGCUGCCUGAUCCACGCAAGCGCAACAAGGGUUCCACCAAAGAGAAAGAAAAACAGUCUUUAAGGCCAGCUAAAAGCAUGGACUCCCUCAGUCCUGGCCCUUUUGAAGGUAACCGUCAGGGAGCCUCGCCCACUCAGCUGUCCCCCGUGGCCCCCUUGGGACAGGAAGGCGGAUCCUCCGGAGGCGGAGGCGGGCUCACCACCAGCAGCUAUGCGGUGACAUACCGCCGAGGGGGCGGGGCCAGCGUGAGUGUGGUCAGCGGCGGGACCCAGGGCACCUACAGCCGCCUGGACUCCGUUGGUGGGGCCUCUGGAGGAAGCGAGGGGAUGGGGCCGGCGGCGGCGGCAGUGACGGGGUUGGUUGCGGGCGGGGCACUAGCUCCGGUCACCCGGUCACCAGGGCAGGCCAGCAGGGCGGAGAAGCGGGCAGGGAUCCACAUCUCGGGGCCGUUCUCCGUCACCGUGCCCCUCCACAUCACCUCUGGCCUGGUGGGGGUCAUCCAGGGGGCACAGGGCGAUGAGGAGACCCCCGCACCUGCACAAGAGGAGGGGGAGAGACGGAGGAGAGGCAAAGGCAGAGGAGGAGGAAAGGGAGGAAGAAGAGGAGAAGGAGGAGAGAAAGAAGAGGAGGCAGAGGGAGAGAGGGAGAUACAUGAGGAAAAGGUAGAGGUCACACCGCCAGUAAUGGAUGGAGAGUGUGAAGAGAGAAGUUUGAAUGGGCGACUGAGCAGUGAGGAAGAGGAGGAGGAGGAGGAGGAGGAUAUAAUUGAAGAGGAAGAGGGAGAAGCAGAGGAAGAGUAUGAAACUGGAGACGGAGAUUAUAUGGAAAUGCGGUCCACAGUGCUUGUUCCAUCAGCAUCAGCAGAGGAAACCCCAGAGGUGGGGUCUGUCGAGGAGGAGUCCCCUGAUGCAGACCUCCCGUUGGACUUCCAGGACACGUUUGGAUUCCUCGAUAUGAUGGACAGCAGCACAUACCAACCGAAUAAUGAGUUUUCUGUGGAGCCUCCGUGCUAUGAAGAUGACGAGUAUGAGGACAGCUCAUGGUAUGAUCAUGACGUCCAGACCAGCAUUUCCACUCCGCAGAAAGCCCAGACGAGCCCACCGUCUCCGGUGCCCUUACACACGCUGACCUCCCGCCCGACGUCCCUCCCACUGCACACACGUCUGUCAAUCAAAUCCCACAGUCUUCCCUACAAAUGCAGCCCCUGCUACCCCAAUGCCUCCUCUUCCUCAGACGAGGAUGAAGACGAGGUUGUGCUCUCAGACCCGAGCGAUGAAGAGGAUGAGGAUGAGGAUGAUGACGAGAGGGGAGAGUAUGAGGAUAUGUUUAUGCGCAGCCUCCCUAAUGAACUGGAGUUUCAUGGCUUGGCCUGGCCUGCAUCCAGGGGUGAGCCUCUGCCUGCCAGGAACAACGAAGAUACUUGCCUCAGUGGCCAAUCAGAGGACAGAGUGCUGACAGCUUUUAUUCCACCAAGUAGUGGCUAUUUGAACAUGUCCAGGGUAGGCCAAUCACAUAAUUCAAAUCAGACAGACACAAGCAGUAGUGUUUCUGGUACCCAAUCAGAAGGAAAAGUCAUACAUGACGAAGUCCAGCUGCCAAUCAGCUCUCAGAACAUCAAUGACGUUGACCAAUCACAAAGCUCACCUGCAACAGACACAAGCUCACUAGCCAAUCAGCUCAUGGACAUUCUCCCUCUUAGCCAAUCAGAGUGCUCAGAGGUACAGACAGACUCAAGUCAUGAUUAUGAAGAGAUGAGGGUAACAGAUGUAGAGAGCAACGGAGCAACAAACAAAGAGAUGGACAAGGAAACACACAGAGAAGAGAGCAAAGAAGAAGAAGAGAGAGAAGAGAGAGGAGAGGAGGGACAGAGAGCGGAUGAGACCUGGGUGACCCACACUGCCACCGCUGGACCAGACACUCGCACUCAGCUUGACCAAGACUCCACUGGCACUCACCUCGGCCCUCCGCUGCCACCCAGAGACCAUCGCAACAACACACAGACAGACUCUAACCACUGCCAUGGUGAAACACCCUCAGAUAGUGAGGUAGAAGAGGUGGACUGGUCAGACCUUCACCCAGCCUCAGCCACUGCUGUCCCCUCACAGGGUGAGACUCGGACUAGCGCUGGGGAGGGGUCAGCAUCAGAGUCAGACACCUCCUUUAAUGUGGUUUCCCAUGAGCCCACAGGGGGAAGAUGGCAGGACGGAACAUACCAGAAGGAAGAGAAAGAGGGUGAAGAGAUGGAGGAGGAAAAGGAUGGGGAGAAUGAAGGAAAGAUAGAGACAGGUGAUGCUGAUGAGGAAGAGAGUGACAAAGAGGAGGGUGGACAAGAUGAGAGAGUAACAGAUGAAGAAGUGGAAGAGGAUGGAGAGAGAGAGAAAGAGGGUGAACAGAGGGUUGGCAGAAACGAGGGAGAGUGGACAGAGAGGGAAGAGGAAGAUGAAGAAAAGAGACUACCUGUGGCGAAGGAGGAGGAGGAGCAGCCAGAUGGAAGUGAGAGGGCAGUCACAGAUCAAAAGGGCCCUGCAGAGGAAAUAGCAGACCAGAGAAGCAUAGGCGAAGAAAAAGAAGAGAAUGAGACAGAAAGAGGAGAAAACGAGUUUUUCAUGAGCACGGGAGAGGCCGGCGCUGUGAGCGGACAGGUGGGGAAAGAGAGGGAGGAGGUAGAGGAAGGACACACAGAGGAGGGACAUCUGGCGCCAGCCGGACAUCAGAUGGCCGAGCAGCUGCUGGAGUCUCAGACAGACCACAGAGCCAGUGAGGAUGCAGAGAAGUCUGAGCUGCUCAGAGAGGAGAGGGAGAGGGAGGAGGAGGAAGAGCAGGUACAAAAUCCCAUCAGCGAGGCAGAGCAAGGAGGGGAGAGGAAUGUUGGAGAAGAGAGGAAGGAUAGAGAGAGUAAGACGGAUGACAAGCUGGCGUCUCUGGGGCAGGGCCUGGGCAGAACUUUGGUGGUGUCCAAACAGGUGCCCGUGAGGAUGCACCAGGCCAAAGCUGUGCCUGUGGUGCCGCCCAAACCGCAGCAGUCCCGUCUCACAGCGCUAGGCCUCAGACAGCAGAUGCAGAGCAGAGACACACACAGCCCACAGCAGAAAGACAGGGACGCGCCACACACACAACACACUCACAAGCAAGACACCAAAAGACCACAACAACACACACCAGACACACAGACCCCAGACACAAAAACACUGAACACACUGCACGAUGACAGGCAACAUCAGGCUCAGGUGAGGCACAUAGAGUCACCUGUAGCACAAGAGCACACAGACGCUGCGCUCCACACAGGAGACACCACACAACCCUGUGGGCCAGAAAAUGACCCACCCGCAGAGCACAGAGAUGCAGACCCAUACCUGCCACACAUAAACCAGCAACACCCACAGAUAGAGACACCAGAGCAGUCACUGGACACCAGAGCAGAGCAACACGCUGCACAGAGACAGAGUGAGACAGAGGUAGGGACUGGCGGGGAUGAAGGUGGAACGAGAGAGCAGGGGGCAGAGGGCAAAGACGGACAGGGGGAGCAGAAAGACGCGGAGGCAGGUAGAGACGCAAGUCCUGAUGUUAAAAAGAACAGGCUGAGUCUUCAGGAAGGAGAGCGAGAACGGAGGACCAGAGAUAGGGAGGUGAAGAGGAACAGCGGAAUUAGCAUGUGCUUCGAUGAGGCGGUUGCACGGGCAACCAGAGAACGAGAGAGGGAAAGGGAGCACAGCGAGAGAGAGAAAGAGAGGGAGAGAGGGGUGAGUGUACAGGACGAAAAGGCUCUGAAAUAACGCUUGGGGAGAACCCAGGGGUUGAGAGUGAGCUGAGCAGAAUGACUGACAGUGAUAAAGAUGAUGGUUUUAAAAUGUCCCUCACAUAUAAAUGGGCUGAUAUUGGUCCAGUGAAUGUAGAUAUAUGAUGCUAUAAAAUUAGUUGAAAUUUUAUGGGGGGGGUUUCCCAUAAAUACUAACUCAUAAAUGCAACUAUCUAUAGAUCUUUUUCAUUUUGACAUUAAAUAGUAGGGCAAGCACAGAUGUUGCUAAAUAUGUAAAUGUAAGUCUCUGUUCAAAGUAAAGGCCACCGCAAAUAGGUGCCUUUAUGAGUUUCCACGCAUAUCAGCAUUUUUAACUAGUAAGCAUAGGCUAGUUUCCUGUACAGUUUCUUUUUCUUACAUUUUCUUUUUUUUUAGUUCUAUUUUAUUAGCAUUUUACUACUAAAUAAUAAAUGGUGAUAUUCAUGGUAUUCAACAAGAAGGUGUAGAUCAAUAUUUGUAUAGAUAUACUUGCAGGUUGCACAGUAGAGGGUCAUUCAACUGAUUUGUUCUUGGACAUGGGGGUCUGGUUAUUUCUAGCUGAGGUUUUUUCCCCAAUAAAACCAUGCAGCCUUCAUUUAAUUUUGGUGAUAUUCAUGGCAUUCAACAUCCUGAUUUGUAUAGAUAUGCUUGCAUGUUGCACAGUAGAGGGUCAUUCAACUGACUGAAAUUCAGUUGUUUUAUUCAAUCAAAUGAUCUACCAAAUUAAAUAAAUAGACCUCAUCUGUAUAAGGGUGUUGUUGUUUUUCAAAUUUGGUAUAAACAUAUAAAUAUAUAUAUAUGACUCCGAUUGGUUCUAUUCAUUUUUGUCAUCAGUCUACACACAAUAUUCCACAACAAUAAAGGAUGUUUUGCAAGUGUUUUUUUUUUUUUACUUAUCCACCGAAUUAAAUAAAUAGACCUCAUUUGUAUAAGGGUGUUGUUGUUUUUCCAAUUUGGUACUUGGCAGGAGUUUUGUUUUGUUCUUUGGAAUCGUAAUUUAGUAAGAAUCACUGAGAUUGUAUUUCUUUAAUAAACCUAUGCAGCUUUCAUUUGA